AUGCAAGAAAUCCGUAGCGACUAUGACCCAAGCAGCAGCAGCAGCAGCAGCAGCAGCAGCAGCAGCAGCAACAGCAGCAACAGCAGCUGCAGCAGCAGCAAGCCUGCCUUAGGGCCAACAGACAUCUUAUCGUUUGCUGCUGUGGAGCCGCAGCGCUUCGUGCAGCGGCGGGAGUUGCUGCUAAAAGCUGCAGCAGCAGCAGCUGCUGCUGCUGCAACAAAAGCAGCUGCUGCUGCACCUGCAAAAAACAUUAACACAGCAGCAGCAGCAGCAGCAGCAGAAUCGCAGCAGCAGCUGCUGCUAGAUCUUAAGGAUAUCCGCAGGCGGCGGCGGCGGACGUUCUUAGGCGAUGUUUUCCUCUGCCCCUCUGUGGUGUAUAGACAGCAGCAAGAUGAUAGGAAAAAGCUUGAAGCUGCAGCAAUGCAAGACGCAGACCCUGAGCCUCUACCUCAAAAAGGAGUGCUGCGGCGUCUGCUGCAGUCGUGGUCUACAGAGGAGAGGCUGCAGCUGCUGCUGGUGCAUUCUGUGCUGCAUCUUAUCGGGUUUACGCACGACACUCCGCAGCAAACAGAACAAAUGCGCGAAGUUGAAGAAUUUUUGUGCUGCCUAAACCCUCCAAGACAGUUCAAGUUGCAUGUGGCUGGCGUGGGGCUUGACAUCGUCUCUAUAGAGCGGCUGCGAACAACCCUCGGCCGUUUGCAUGCAGCGGAUACAGCAGCAGCAGCAGCAGCAGCAUCAGCAUCAGGUGCAGCAGCAGCAGCAAGAGGAAAGGACAGCAGCAGCAGCAGCAGCAGCAGCAGGGCAGCAGCAGCAGCAGGAGCAGCACAACAACAACAGCAGCAGCAGCAGCAGCAGCAGCAGCAACAGCAGCAGCUACUCCUGAACAAGAAGCAGCAACACUAA